AUGUCAAAUGAUGAUGGCGCCACGGCGUCGAAUGCCUCCACACCAUCAUCUUCUGCAGAAUCUGAAUCCAAGCAAGUUGCUGAUGCUUCGUCUGGCUCGGCAAAGAAAUCAAAAUCCACAAAGCCAAGAUUGACAGCGUCUCAAAAGAACUUCAAUCACAAAGAUGCAGAAAACAAGAGACGGACUGCUAUCCGUGAACGAUUUACUGAGCUAUCUCAGAUGGUGCCUGGAGCACAAGGUCAGGAACGGAGUGAACAGGUUAUGUUGGGCAAGACAACAGACUUCUUGAAGGACAUGCUCCAAGAGCAAAGACGACUGGAGGCUCUGGCUGACUCUCAGGGUAUUCCUCUUGAUGCUUCAACCCGAAUGCGAGAUGAUGAUUUGGGUGGUCCUAACUGGGUUCAGCCCAACAUGGCAGCAUAUGAAGCGAGUAAGCAGAAGAAGAUAGGUACCGAUUCGCAGAAUACAACAAAGGACGAAGAAGAGAAUGAUUGA